UUCUGCGCUUUGAAUUGUGGGUAAGACAUGUCUGCGCUGUGUCCUCAUCUGGAGGACCACCUUACCCAAAUGUGGUAAACGACUUAUCCAAAUUGUACACAAGGGUCUCGAGUUACAAAACGGCGGACUUUUGUUUAAACAUUAUUUGUGAAGAUGUCGAAAAACACGCAGGAGGAGCGCGUCUCUGGAAAAGCGCUCACAAGAGCAGCGAUUGCUGAGAUGCUGGCGGAGAAUUUCGAGAGGCUGCCUGACAUAGAUCAGAAACUCUUCAUGUAUGGACCCAUGUAUCUGGGGGGAAACGCUGCACUUGCAGGACUGAUAUCUAACAGCUUGUAUCGCAGAGCUCUGAAUGUUAAACAGGCGCCCAUCACCUCCAGCCUGCCGAUGGCCGUGCUGCCCUUCCUGACGACAUUUGCACUGUACAAUGCAGCGGUGUCCAGCCCCCUCAUGUCCGGUGACCUCAACUGUCCCUCCUGUGCCCUGAUGCGAGGCGCACUUGUUGGCGUGGUCGGCGGUGGGGUGUACCCCAUCCUGCUGGCCUUACCUGUGAAUAUUGGCCUCGCGACCAGGUACGCCACAGCACCGACGCCAGAGAAGGGCAACCUGCUUCGGUACUGGGUGGACCUCUCCAGACCGAUCCUGAGGAGAAUGAGGGCAGUGCUGGUGCUCCAAGCCUUCUUCGGUACCUACCUGAGCUCCAGGCACUUUGAAAUGUACACCAAACUGGCCCAGAUAACAUUUGGUCCAGGCGGAGAGGAACUCAAAGACUAAAAUGAAUGAUUAGCAGGGUCUCGUGGUGUUUAUGCUGAUCAAUUCACCAUUUCAUAUAGAAUAUGCCUGAGAUUUAUUCCCCAGAAAUAAAUAAAGUGGGUUACCUCACUUCACAAUUGUGAAACUGAAAGAUUAAUUGCUAAGGGAAAUAACUGUUAGUUGCAGCCCCUUUUACAUGACACUGCUAAAGACAGGGCUGCAACUGACUGCUGAUUCCCUAAUGAAUUUAUCUUUGGUGACUCAUCUUUGAGUUAUGCCUCGAUUGCAGCUGAAAUCUUGUAAUGUGCCUGUCAUGUGGUUGUAUUUGAAUAAAAUGUCAGAGCUCAUUCUUUAUUUGGAAAA